AUGGCCGCCGUCGAAAUCACAAAAUCAGAUGUCAUCGUCAUCGGAGCCGGCCUAGCCGGUCUCCAAACUGCUGUCAAACUCCACGAAGCUGGCUUGUCCGUCACCGUGCUCGAAGCUCAGGAUCGGGUCGGCGGGAAAACUCUGAGCGUUCAAGCGUCGGCUCUUGGUGGCACCGUAGACUUGGGUGCCGCCUGGAUCAAUGAUACCAAUCAGAGCGAGAUGUACAAGCUAGCUCAAGAGUUUGGGUUUGACUUGAUUGAGCAGCGCACCACGGGCGAGGACGUGAUACAAAUGGCUGAUGGCACUAUCGUGUGCCGCCCAUACGGCCAGCAACAGCUGCCUGACACCACGCCUGAAAACAACGCCAUCGCUCAAGAGUUCUUUGCACAUCUGCAUGGAUUUGUUGAGAGGGCGCAUACCGAGAACCCAGCCGAUGGCCCUGAUGCUGCUAUGCUGGACUCGAUGACGUUCCGCGAGUUCGCUGACAAGAAGUUUCCCGGAGGAUUCGCCGCGAGCAUCGCGGACGGACUUGCACGCGGCCUCCUCGGCGUCGAGGCCAACGAGAUUAGCACCCUCUACAUAGUCGACUAUCUCCAAAGUGGAACAGGAAUGGCGAAUAUGGGAUCCGACAGGAAAGAUGGCGGUCAGUAUUUGAGAAACCGACAGGGCAAUCAGACAUUCUCUGUUCGGUUGGCUGGGAAACUUCCUCAAGAAGUCAUCCAUCUCUCUACGCCCGUGUCUAAAGUCUCACAAACAGAGACUGGUGAGUGCGUCGUGGAGACGAAAAAUCCACUCCGGCCGCGACACAUGGCCAAGCGGGUCGUCGUUUCAAUCCCAACUACCUUGUACCCUUCAAUCACCUUUGAGCCACCGCUUCCGCCCGCGAAGCGUGAAUUGAGCGAGUGUACUGCAUUGGGGUACUAUGCGAAGACGAUUUUCGUCUUCAACAGUGCUUGGUGGCGAGAAGCAGGGCUCAGCGGUGUCAUGAGCUCUUCUCAAGGACCCAUAUCAUUCUCCCGAGAUUCUUGUUCAGAACUAGAUGGACAGUACAGCAUAACUUGUUUUAUAGUCGGCGACUCUGGGAGAAGUUGGUCCAAGUGGUCGGCUGCCCAACGCCGGAAGCUGGUCGCGGAGCAAUUCGACAAUGUCUUUGGCAGAGCUGCGAGAGACAAGGGCGUUGCUGUUCCUGCACCCGUCAACGUGAUCGAGCAGGAAUGGAUCAAGGAGCAAUGGUGCCGAGGUGCCCCGAGCCCUGUAGCUAUGCCUGGCAUGCUCACCAGUGACUCGGGUAAAGCCAUGCGUACUCCGUAUGGAAGCAUCCAUUUCGUUGGCACUGAGACUGCAACUGUGUGGAAGGGCUAUAUGGAAGGCGCAGUACGAUCAGGCUCCAGAGGUGCACAAGAAGUUAUCGACGCCCUUGAAUGA